GGGUGGUCACCUGGAAGAACUUCCUCCUCGCGAACCCUGGAGCUCUCCUAUGGAGUCAUGCGUCCUGACCAGGCUACGAUCUGGUACCGGCGGAUGUCUAUUGUCUAUGCACUAGGCGCCUGGUCGGUGCUGGGCUCGGCGAUUUUCCUUACACGAAAACCGAAGAUGUCAGACUAUGGGGAAAAUGAAGAGGAUGACUCAAGCGAUGAAAUGCCUUUUUCUACAAGUGAAGACUCUGAUUUAGCAAUGGAAAGGGCUGAGCCUAUUAAAGGGUUUUAUACGAAGACAAUUGUAAGGUAUUCAGAAAAUUCUGUUCCAGUUACUCAGAGGAUCCUGAACUAUCUGAACUCAUGGAUUGGUGGGCCUGGCCCUCAAUCAUGAACAGCUGCUGCAUUCUGAAAACAAGGACUUGGCUCAGUAUUUGACAGAUGCCUUGAUUUCCAUUUCAUGUUUGUGGAAAGAGUGUAUUUAAUUUUACUUUGUAAAAUAUAAGCGUUAAUAAUGUG